UGUAAAUUAAAAACAGAUCAUCAGGAAGCAUUGUAGAAUAGCCUACCUUCUUUAGCUAGUGUAAGCUUUGGAAGGAAGAAACAGAGUAGCAAAUCAUGAUUUUCAUAAUCUCCUGAUGUUUUUAUGCACAUAUGACUAUCUUAAUCAGAUUGAAUUUAUCAAUGACAAUAAACAUCUGGAUCUUGCAGGAAGAUUUGGAUAAAGCCAUGACAAGAUGGGCUCGAGCAAGUGUCACCCAUAGCAAGAAGGCUCUGGAUGCAACACCAUGGGAAGAUCUGAAAAAUGGGGCUGCUGGAACUGUGGAAACAAACAAAAAGCAAAGCUCUUCAGACAGAUUUUCUUUAAAAAGCAACCAAGUGAAAAAGAAAAAUAAGAAGAAAGACUAUCUGAAUGAAGAUGUCAAUGGUUUUAUGGAAUACUUAAAACAGAACUCACAGAGGUUGCAUAAUGGCCAAUUGAUCAAUAGUCAUCAGGCAGAGGAAGAAAUAGCAACAGCUUUGAAAAAAGACAAGCGGCGGGAACAGAGAAGAGUGAAGAGACAGGAAAUUAAGAAGAACAUAAUGGUAUGCUUCCACUGUCGAAAGCCAGGCCAUGGGAUUGCAGAUUGCCCAGCUGUCCUUGAAAGCCAAGACAUGGGAACUGGAAUUUGUUACCGAUGUGGCUCUACUGAACAUGAAAUCAACAGAUGCAAAGCAAAAAUAGAUCCAGCUCUUGGGGAAUUUCCAUAUGCAAAAUGCUUUAUUUGUGGGGAAAUGGGCCAUCUCUCAAGGUCAUGUCCUGAUAAUCCUAAGGGACUUUAUGCUGAAGGAGGGUCUUGCCGGAUUUGUGGAUCUGUGGAGCACUUUAAAAGAGACUGCCCAGAAAAUCAAAAUUCAGAUGAUCGAGCAGUAACUGUUGGUCGGUGGCUCAAAGGAAUGAGUGCAGAUUAUCAAGAAGUUGUAGAAAUUCCUGAACCAUGUAAAGGAAAACCAAAAGUACCUAAGAUUGUUAACUUUUGACCAUUUCUAUUCUCUAUAAUAUUUCUCAAUAUAUGACUUAAAAUAAAAACUGCAAGCUUUUGAA